UUUAGUUGAUCUUAUGCGAAGAAUCGGAAUUAACACAUUACAGGUAAAAGAGCUUAAUAAAAGUGGUGAACUGAAAAGGGCUGAUACUUGUUGCUGUCGCUGGGCGGGCCUAACGCUGUAGUGCGCCAUGCUGGGGGUGUCAAUUGAAGGCGAGGAAAAAAACCGACUGGGAGUUACCUCAGCGCUUUCCGAGAUAUGAGAUCUGGCCGUUUUCCAGUCGGUGCACUUUUUUAUUAAAGAAGAAAACCCCGAAAAUCACGGGGCAAAAAAAAGAAAGAAAGAGACGCACACGCAUUUGAAGAGGUCACCCAGAAAAACAGCGUUCAGCGGCUUUCUGCCGGCGGAUCAGUCGGAAUCUGCGGUGUACGCUCGGAGUCUCUCUCCCCCAACCCCCCCGUGCGCGCGCGCGCGUGUGUGCGUGUGUUUACAAGUGUUUGAACGACUGCCAAAAGAAGAAGGGAGGAAAACGCCAAGGAAGGAGGGAUGGUGGACAAUUCAAGCAGUAGUAAGGCACAAAUGCCCGGAAUGUCUCAGGAGCCUGGUGUGGCCUUUCCUCCAAGCACCUCCGCAGGAGGAAUGAAACUCGAAGCAGUGAUGGAGCAGCUCCAGCGCCAGCAGCAGGCACGAUUAGAAAUGGAGCGCAAGGAGAGAAAGAUACGAGAAGCCCACAUCAUGUACGCUCAGCAGGUUGCUGCCCAACAGGCCAUCUUAGCAGCUGCCCGGGCUUCUGGAGCCAGCUUCAUGGGGAAAGGCCUGCCUGGAGGCAUCGCUGGUGGUGGAUUGCCUCCCCGGGUGUCCAAUCAGAGCAGUGUAGACUCAGACAGAGAGGACGACGAGGACAGAGGUCGGGAUUCUGGAGAUGAGGACGAUGACAAUGAGAUGAUGGAAGGGGAUGAGGGCAGCGAUGAUGAUGAGGGAAGCGCCAGUGGUCUGGAGUUCCUCCGCAAGCAAACCCUUGCUUUACAGCAGAAUGCCUCGCGAAUCCCAGCCCGUCCAUUUGGCAGUUACUCUGCAUCGGCUCCCCAGAGGGCUGCUUCCCCACCUGUUAGAGUGAAGCAGGAACCUGACGAGGGCCUGUCUCCUGCAGGGGCACACUCUGCUACUUCUCCUAAUGGACAAGCUGACUGGGGCUUUGAUGACCACUUUAGACAGAAUGGCAGUGCAGGAUGGGCAGAUGAGGCUGACAGCAGCAGAGGAAGAGGAGAGGCCUCCAGAGACUUUGCUAAGCUGUAUGAGCUUGAUAAUGACCCAAAAAGAAAAGAGUUUUUGGAUGAUCUCUUUGCCUUCAUGCAAAAAAGAGGAACCCCAGUCAAUCGUAUUCCAAUCAUGGCCAAGCAGGUCCUAGAUCUGUACAUGCUGUACAAGCUGGUGACAGAAAAGGGAGGCCUCGUCGAGGUUAUCAAUAAGAAGAUCUGGAGAGAAAUCACAAAGGGACUCAACCUGCCUACCUCCAUCACCAGUGCUGCUUUUACUCUGCGGACACAGUACAUGAAAUACCUGUACCCGUAUGAGUGUGAGAGGAAAGGCCUCAGCUCCCCAGGCGAGCUUCAGGCUGCCAUCGAUAGUAACCGACGUGAGGGUCGCCGUCCGUCCUACAGCAGCAGCCUCUUCCGCUUUUCUCCCUCUCCCAGCACUGCUCCCCACAUCCUCUCACCCCCAAAGAUGCACCUUUCCAGUCUGGGAGCGGGGGCCUCAGUAGCUAUCAAUGGCCUUCAGGCCUCACCGGGACCCUCUUUGAAGAAAGAUGAUCUGACCCCACCGAUUAUGGCUGCAAGACCUUCCAUGGCGCUGGCUCUGGGUCAGCAGCAGGUUGCUGGCUUGGCCAGGGCUGCCACACUGGAGCAGCUUAGAGAAAAGCUGGAGACUGGUGGUGGAGAGGGGCCAGAGAGGAAGAUGGCCCGCCUGGCAGAAGAGCAGCAGCGCCUGAUGCAGCAGGCUUUCCAACAUAAUCUACUGGCCAUGGCUUCCCAAAUGCCUAUGAACCUGCGUCUGGGAGCCCCUGCUAUGCCUACCAGAGAAGAGAAGCAGCAAGACAUGUCUCUGAGUAUCUCAACCAAUGGAAAUUCCAGCAUUACUGUCUCAGUAGAGGUCAAUGGCACAAUCUACUCAGGAACCCUGUUCGCCCAGAAGUCUGGUGGGGCCCCGGGGCCAUCUGUGUCUGCUGCUACUGCUACUGCUGUUUCAGCCUCCCCUGCUGGAACCAGCGCAAGCUUUGGUUUUUCCGCACCUCAGGCCCAGAGCCUCAGCCCCGCAUCCUCCUCCUCCUCCAAGGGUCCCGGCUCGGCUGAGCCGACCCCCACCGGGUCACCCUAACUCAGGCUGCCCUUUGUACCUUCUCCCCAGGCCUCUGCUCCUGCAGGAGGCCCAGCAUGAAUAUACAGUACAAUAAGAAACCGAAAAGAAACUGUUGCACAACAAAUACCUCAUCAACCUGUCUUGGCUGUCCAAUCAUGAACACAGAGCCUGAAAAUUUAAUGAUAUAUCCAAAAUAAAUUGCUAUGCAUUUUAUUUUGAUCUAACACACACACACACACAACACACACACAUGCACGCACAUACACAUAGGAACACAACACUACAACCACAUCAUGCACAGACACACAUCACAUAUAUAUACUUGUUAAUCCUAAUCGACAUGCUAAACACAAUCAGCUCAGCCAAAACCCACUGACAGGUGUAGUCACAACCGAACUUGAAAAGUUUUAUCUUAGAACAUUUUGUUUGUUUGUUGCCAUUUUGUUGUCUUUUUUGAUUUUGUGUUUUAGAAUGAUUUUUUUUUUAGUUUUUUUUUUUUUUUUUUUUUUAGUUUUUCUCCUUUUACAUACCUCAAAUCAAAUAACCUGCAGUGGUGUCUUUACCUCAGGAGCUGUAGUAUAUUUAACCUGAAUCAACUUUAUUUUUAUAUUCUUUUUGACCUAGUUGCAAUCAGGGGAAGUUGGGUAACUGUCACCAGUGGAAACCUGUGUACAGAGCACCCCCCCUCACAGUGAUGGGCCUCCAACUGGGGCUGCUCAGGUGUCUUCAACGUGCUGUGGCGUCAAACUGGUGAUGAUCUGAUACUGUAGAUCAGCAGAUUAAAUACCUCAUUUCAUCCUUUCAGCUGCCCUCAGUUGAGCUCUUGAGAAGUCCAUUAGAAAGGUUGCAAAGCUAAAGUUUAAGUAGUUUCAGCUCCACGUGCGCGCACAAAGUUGGGUUAACAGUAACAGGCCCGUUAGAGCUUGCGAUUUGUGUUUCACCCAUAGCGGUACAGAGAGGUAAUACUGAGGCAUUCCUAGCUCCUGCAGACCAGAUUUGAGUUUGUUGUUCCCCUAUUUUUAUUUUUUUGUGUGCAUCCUUCCUCCAGCUGAAUGUCGAGUUGGGUGGCAUCGUCAUCUCUGACCACACAUUGGCCUCUCUGCUUUGGGGAGGGGGGGCAGCGUCUCUCUCAGGAAAAGCAAUGUGACAACUGCAAGGAAUCACUGUCAGUUUAAAAAGACACAAAAAAAGAGGAUUAAUACGUGAAGAAUGCACAAGCCUAUGUGACUGUUUCAAAAAUACCUCAUCAGACUCUCUGAAAAGGAGAGUAACACUACAUACCUCAAAAGGCUGUGAAGCCAUCGAGACUUGACGCCCCGAAUCCUACGUGAACUGAAACUGUUAUGGACGUGCUGUCACACUGCUGGUGGUUUUUGGGGACAAAGAAGUGGGAUGGGCUUGAUAUAUUUCUCCUGUAUUUACUUGUAGAACGUGUUUCAUGCUUGCUUCUUCUUUGUUUUUUGUUUUUUUCCCCCUUUUUUAGGUUCAUCAGGUUGUCUGAGAAGAAUGAUAUAUCUGAGGUGCUUUUUCAGCAGAGAGGAACAGACAAGUUAUUUUUUCAUUGACAUGUUAAUUUUCUUUCUUAAAAAAACAAAACAAAAAAAAACCAAUGGUGUUUCCAUAGGGGUAAGAAAACAACCUUAAGUUUGACUGUGUAUGUUGAAAUUGCAUCUUUUUUGUGACAAUGGCAAAAUCAUGAUAUGCAUUUGAACAAUCAUGUGACCAGUGUUUGUUUUUUUUUACACCUCCAUCCUCUGGUUAUUGCACAGCUACAUACCAAAGACUAGCACAGUCAGUCCUUAUGAACUCUUUGUACAAUCCUGCUAACAGGAUGCUGAUGCACAGCAAGCAGAUCUGUGUUGGACUGCAAAAGGUGUCUCUUUCAGACUCUUUCAAACUGACUGUGAGGUUUUUUUUUCACAAUUAGUUAGUGGAAAGUGCAUUUAAAACUGUAAAGACUGAAAACCCAAUUACAUGACUUGUACAGGUGGGCAUAUUCGACCCUUUUAACAGAUUCCAUUAUUUAAAACUGAAGGCCGGAUACAGUGGCCUCAUUAACAGUUGCAUUUGAAUAGUUUGUUUAACCUGUUUGUGCAGUCCCUCACAGACAAUGUGGACAGUAGCCCGCAUUUUCUUUUAUCAAUUUACCCCAGGCACAGCUUGAUUAUGAUGAACAUGUUAUUGUAGGAUGCUUUUCUCCCUUUAAAGAUUUUUUUAAAAGCAUUGAAACCCCACAAAAGAACAACAUUUUCUAGCUUUACUUGUGUUGAAUGUAAGGCAUUUUAACUGUUUAGGCCUUUUUACGCCUAGUGUGGUCUGAGGUGGGCAGCUUUGUUGCUUUUCUUAGAUUGUAUUUUAGCAAUUAUGUGUCAGGUUUUGCAGUGCAGAUCGCAGGUCAGGGUUUAAGAACCUUUGAGAACUGCGCUGUUAGUCUGUCAGUAUAGCCUUCGCAACCUUGUAUGACACAUAACUGUAUUUUAUAAAAGGUGAGGAGUAUAGAUGCUGCCUUAAAAUUAGUUGCUGGUGAGAUGCAGUCCAUGCAGGCUUCCCUAUGAAAGUUUUUCUCUUCAGGCUUAAUCGUUUUGCUGCCCCCCCCCCCCCCUUUUUUUAUUUUAUUUUAAAAAAUCACACGUUAGACACAAGUUAUCCCUCAGUUUCUUGUGUUAUCAAGUGAGUUUUGAUAUUUAUUUGUUUUUUCCCUUUUCCUGGUGGACCUUGCUUUUAGUAACAAUCUGCAUUAUUUAGGCUGCCACUAAAAUAUUUUCUGUUUUCCAAGUCCAUUCUUUCUGUUUCUUGUGCUCAUUCUAAGCAAUGACUGUUUGAUGAUGUAGCUUCACUGCCUUUGUACAUUAGUGUGUUUGUGUGUGUGUGCAAGCAGGUGCAGUAUAUUGAGUAAGUAAUAACAUUAAAGGCACUGCAGGUGGCGCCACUGGUGAAUUUUUUUUUUUUUAAUGCUGAAUGAGGAGGUGAAAAAUGACUUUUAAGAAAUAUUUAAGUAGAUAAGGUUUAUCCACAUUUUUCUGCUAUAUACUCGUACAGUUCCGGUUUGUUCCGAGGUUGAAGGGCAUUUUUGGUGGUUCCUCAUAGACUGAGUAAAGGGUCACUUUUCUUCCUCAGUGUUUGCUUCAACCCGGCAACCACUCUGGUCACUGUCUUUCAAGGCUCCUGUCACUUGCCACUUGUAUGGAUAGGUGCAUUAUGUAUAAUGUGUUGUGCCUGUAUACCUGCAUCCAUGUGUGGAGUGUGAGUGAGUGUGUGUGCCCCCCCUCCACUUCUUCAUACCACAUUACCUCAGGGCAGGGAGCUGCAUUCAGUGUUGCAUACGAUGUUGAAGCUGCAUUGAGGGAUAAAUGCUGAUAGAAGCUGCGGUCACUUCACAGAAUGCUACUUUGGAUUUGGUGUCUCUUUUCUUUUUCUUUUUGUCGUCAAUAACUGCAUUAUGGCAAGGUCUCGUUACUCAGGAAGCUGUGAAGUUGGAAGUAUGCGGAACCUUUUGAUUUUGGAGUCAGUUCAAUUUUAAAUUGUUUAAAAACUAACCUGAUCUGUGUACAAACAGGUGCAUAUGCAAGUGGUUAUUGAAUACCUCAUUUAUCAAUUUUAUGUUGUUUUUGGCUUGUACAAUGCUCCAUAUAUUAAUUCAACUGUGGGGUUUGUGCAUAUUUUUGUACUGUUAUUAUUAUUAUGGACAUGAUAAUAAUGAUAUUACUGAUAUUAUAGUUUUCUCUUUGAUUAAAGCAAACAAAAAAUAGGACAAAACAUGAAUGCUUGUAAAAACUGGUUUGUGCUGAUUGUAUUUAUGAGGAGCACUUUUCUAAAGUGGUUUUCACACAUUCAGUUUUGUUCAUAUCAGUUAAUAUAAAGAUAUGGUUCUCAGGGCUUUUAACUUGUAUGUCAUGAUAAAGUUUUACUUUAUAUCCUA